AUGGUCAGAUUUGGGAAGACAGGAGAAGAGUUUCAGCCACUAUCAAUCGAACCGGGUGACAAUGAAAAUAUGCUGAAAAUCCCUUCUGAUGAGGAAAUUGCAGCAGCAGUUUUUGAACUUCACCCUUUGAAAGCCCCAGGGCCUGAUGGUUUCUCGGGUUGUUUUUAUCAAAAAAUUUUGGGAAUAGUCGGGCAAGAUGUGUGUGCAUUAGUAAAGGAUUUUUUCAUCAGUGGAGAUAUGAACAAAAAACUGAAUUUCACAUAUAUUUGUUUGAUACCGAAAAUUGAUAAUCCAGAGAAGUGCAUUUGUACUGUGUCUUACUCAAUUCUCCUGAAUGGUAGUCCCAUAAAGAAGAUUACCCCGGAGCGUGGUUUAAGACAGGGCGACCCCCUUUCUCCUUUCAUCUUCAUCCUUUGCCAGGAAGUUCUGAUGAAACUCUUAUUCCAAGCUGAAGAGAGAGGGAAGAUUCAUGGUAUAAAGAUUUCAAGGAAUGCUCCCCCUAUUUCACACAUUAUGUUUGUCGAUGACACAAUUCUCUUUGCUCGAGCAAAUGAAAAAGAAGCAGAGGAGAUUAUUAAGUGUUUAUCAACUUAUGAAUCAUGGUCUGGACAAACUUGCAGCAAGCACAAGUCUUCGGUUUUCUUUUCUAAGAAUCUUGACAUGCAUAGAAGAUCUUCAAUUCUAAAUUUUCUAAAUGUCUCUCCAGUUCGUGGAGAUGAAAGGCACUUGGGGAAUCCUUUUAUUUUCAAGAGAAGGAAGAGAGAAGAAUAUAAUCGCUUGAAGGAGAACAUGACCAGAAGACUUGAAGGCUGGAAGACUAAACUUCUCUCUACUGCAGGGAGAUUGACUUUGAGAGUUGGAUGGAAUUCUGAUAAAUUCUGGUGGGUUGGAAGUGAAAAGAAGGAUAGAUUCUUAGCUCUCUGUUCUUGGGAUACCAUAUGCCAACCUAAAGAGUCGGGAGGGUUGGGGUUGAGGAGAUUUGAGGAUGUUAACAAAGCCCUCAUUUUAAAACUAUGUUGGGAUCUGGCCAGUCGUGUGGAGAAACCAUGGACUUCUUGCCUCUUAAGUAAAUAUUGCCGUUAUGAAAAUUUCUGGGAGGUGACACCUAAAAGUUGUGAUUCGGCCCUUUGGAAAAACAUUUUAGAGACUAGAGAUGUGAUAAGGAAGGGUUCAAUUUCUCUUGCUACUGCUGGUGAGCAUAUUGAUUUCUGGAGGCAAGCAUGGAUACCAUGGAUGUCGUUUGUUGAGUUUCAAGGAGUAAUGGAUACCAUGAGGGAUCGUGGGUUUACAGUCAAGACUUUGGCCGAUAUCUCCACUGGUCAUGCGUGGAAUGAGGAGUUAGUGAGACAAAUCUUUGGAGACGCGUUGGGUGAUCAAAUUCUUACCAUUAACAGAAUUCCUUAUCCCCACCAGGAUAGAGUUAUUUUGAAAGGAAGAAAACACGAUCGUUUCAGCGUUAAGGAUGCUUAUUUAGAGGAUCAGAGAACUCGGUUUAGACCCAGGAAAGAUAUUUGGAAGUGGAUUUGGGAUCCUGGACUUCACCCCAGGUUAUCUAUAAUACUUUGGAAGGCUCUCAGUGAUGCUCUGCCAACUGGACAUAGACUUGCCACCUUCACAAGUUUCGGCUGUUGUCUUUGUGGGAAUGAUGUGGAAGACACGAUUCAUCUGUUUAAAGAUUGUGCCUUUGCUAAGGCUAUUUGGUUUGCAGGCCUCUUUCCUGUCUCGGUGGAUCGUAUUGUUUGCAACAGUAUGGCUCAAUUCUUAGAAAUCUUAGUCCCGAUGCUUGCUAGUACUCCAAGAUUGGAGGUCAUAACUUAUGUUGGCUGUGUUUUUCAACAGAUUUGGAAGUGCAGAAAUAAGGUUAAAUUCAAAAGAGGAGUUGCAGAUAUCAAUAUAACUCUUGGUGCAAUUAAAUGUAUCUGCUCCGAGUUCCUUGAUGGCAGUUUUCGACCCUCCAUUCAGGAUAUUCCUCCUCCUGCAGAACAGCCGAUCGAAACCUUGAUAAAUGCAGAAAUUAUCAUCUUCACAGAUGCAUCUUGGAAGGAAGGUAAAAGUGGUCUCGCGGUGGUAGUUUUUAAUCUUAUAGACAACUCUUGGUUCUAA